AUGAAUAGAGUUACGCAUUUAAGUGAACGCGAAGCUGAAAGAAUAACCGAGUUAGUUGGACAGGGACAAAGUUAUCGUGAAGUGGCAAAUCUGUUUGGCGUACACCACACAACCAUUGUCAGAUUGAUGCAAAUUUUUCGAGAGACCGGUUCACAUUCUAGGAGCCCUGGACAAGGACGUCCUUCAAUUUUAACUCCUCGAGAUGAACGUUUUUUGCAAUUAAAUUCAUUAAGAAAUCGGUCAAUGGCAAGUGUCGAGCUCAACACCCUUUUACUAGAAGUCCGAAAUGUAAAUAUCUCUGAUAGAUCAAUAAGAAGACACCUUCAGAUUGCUGGUCUACACAACAAAAAAGCUCUCCACGUACCUUUGCUAACCAGGCGGCAUCGUGUUGCUGGACUAAGAUUUGCAAAGCAACAUUUAGAUUGA